AGGGGCAUAUAGAAAUGUUGACCAGACUGAGGCAUGAAUUCGAUACCCGAUUUAGUGACUUCAACAAAAUUGAAGCGAUUGCUCAGUUUGUAUCUUAUCCAAAGCUUAUCCCAAACCAUCGAACAGCAUUUCAGCGAAAGCAGACCAGAGACUGAAUUAGAAAUAGUCACACUGCAGAAUGAUUUGUGUUUGAAGAGCGUUGCCGGAAAAGAAAAUUUUUGGUGUCUAGUGUCCAAACAGAAAUACCCAAUCCUAGUCAAUGUAGCUUUGAAAAUUAGUGCCCUGUUUUGUUCCACCUACCUUUGUGAAUCAACGUUUUCAAACAUGAAGUUCAUUAAAAACAAAUACAGAAGCCGACUAACGGAUGAACAUUUGGACUCGUGUAUUAAACUAGGAAUAACAAACUACCAACCGGAUGUUAAAAAACUAACAGACAUGAUGGACUGUCAAUCCUCCCAUUAAAACAAAAUACAUAUGUAUUUUUUUUUCACCAUGUUUAGUUUUUACUU